CUUCUUCCAGCCAUCGAUGUCAAGCCCCACUGACGUGGAUGAACUGUGGUGAACUUUCAAUGCGCUGCGGCGCCCUAAUCCUGCCUCCAACGGAUUUUGCCCGAACCGCCAAUGAUGGCCAAUGUGGGGCGAGUGUGUGCGCUUCGUGGAGAAUAACGUACGACACCAAUCCCUCGGCAGGGUUAUCAGUUGUCUGUAAAUAUUUCAUCUCGCGAUAAUUUUCCUAUCGUCGCCCGAAGAAAAACAAACCACAUGACCCCCGGUGGUAAUGUGCGUGUGGUGGAAGGCCACGAAACCGAGGGCCCGAGUCGGCGCACUACAUUUUUGUCACGAAUGGCGGGCGCUCCCAUCCUUCCUCUCACUCUCUCUCUCUCUCUCUCGAUCACCGUCCUGCUCAUAAACUUUGAGGUUGAAAAAUUUCGUAGCAUAAUGACUAUGCUAAAGCAUAUUUGGAGUAAAUAGUUUUGGCAGCGCUCGUCGGGCCCGGUUCGGUUCUGUCCAUCUACGCUCAGUAACUUCAGCGGCGUUACUCUUUGUUCGUCGUCCCUUCCUCUACCAUUUAUCUUUCGUCUACGAAAACGCUAUCCUGUGUAUCCUGUAACCGCCGCUAGCUGAAACUAUCCAAACAUGUCCUGGAUCUACCGCUCCUCCGUAUCUGAAGACGAGGAAAGAGACGAAUACAACGAUGGAUCGGUCAAGCUGCGCAAUCCCAACAUUGAGCUCAUGGACCAAGACAUCCUGUACCAUCUGGCGCUCGGUAGCGGCAGCCACGAUCUGCACGAAAUGUUCGGCGACGUGAAGUUCGUCUGCAUGGGCGGCACGCCGAAGCGCAUGGAAACGUUCGCGCACUUUAUAAUGGACGAGAUAGGCUACAAGCUGCCCGCCGGCACCCAGCUGCAGGAUAUCAGUGCAUUUUCCUAUCGCUACUCAAUGUACAAGGUUGGUCCAGUACUCUCCAUCAGCCAUGGUAUGGGCGUACCGUCCGUCGGCAUUCUGCUGCACGAGCUGAUCAAGCUGAUGUACCACGCCAAGGUGAAGGAUCCGAUCUUCAUGCGGAUCGGUACGUGCGGCGGUAUCGGUGUCGAGGGCGGCACCGUCGUCAUCACGGAGGACGCGUACGACGGUUUGCUCCGGAACAGCUACGAACUGGCAAUUCUUGGCAAAAUCGUUCAUCGUCCGGCUAUUUUGGACAAGCGGCUGGUACGCGAACUGAAAUCGCUAGCCACGCAAGAUGAUCCGUACGACACCAUCAGCGGCAAAACGAUGUGCACCUACGAUUUCUACGAAGGCCAGGGCAGGCUAGACGGUGCGUUCUGCGAGUUUACCGAAACGGACAAAAUGGCCUACCUGGAGAAGCUGCGCGACUUUGGCGUGGUUAACAUCGAGAUGGAGUGUACCAUCUUCGCGGCGCUGACGCACUACGCCGGCAUCAAGGCGGCGAUCGUCUGCGUCACGCUGCUGGACCGGCUGAAGGGCGACCAGGUGAUGGCGCCGAAGGAGGUGAUGAACGAAUGGCAGCAGCGGCCCCAGAUACUGGUGUCCCGGCUAAUCAAGAAGCAUCUCGCCCAGAUGGGCCAGCUCAAGUCGCUCGCCUCGACGCCCUCGUCCAUCAAGUCGCCGCGCCGAUUUAAGCUGGUCCAGCAGGAAUCGGAGGCGCACGAGUAAGGCACAGCGCGGGUGCAACUAGCAUCUGCUAGCAGCAAAUCAUCCCUUCUCCCCUUUCCCAAUCCUGCCCUGCCCCCCAAGCCCCUGAUUGCCCGAAUGGAGGCUCAGCAUCUGCCACGAUAUUUUCUGUUUCUGUUGUUUGUUGUGUUUUUAACCAGUAUACAGGCUAGAAUAUUUCUCACUAACCACGUGUGCAUCUAUGGCAUGCAUAUCCGUAACAUUAAUCGCGUUAUUAAAAAGACAAAUAAAGAGUAGCAAAUAAUACAAGCAGUCCUAGCAAAACAAAAAAGCAAAGGAAAUAGAGAGAGAGAGGAAGCAUUGGAGGCGGUAUUGUGGUAAAGCAAAGCGAGGGGAUUAAACACUAAACACACGCUGAUACAUACGAAAAGCGCAUUACGCCAAUAUGAAUAGAUCGUGACAGUGCCUGCUGCAUAUGAGCAGGUUCCCUCCCACCUCCCUGCUCACAAACACCCAUACACUGCACAGUGUAGGUACAGGUCACUGUAGUAUCAGCUUGUAGAACAUAAUUUAAAAAUUGGCCGCUUACUAUAACUGCUAACGAGCCUUUGAUUUUUGGUUCUCGAAUCAUACCGCCCCUUACUUAGGGGCAUCUUACUUACUCUCUAUAGAAUUGAACAUGCAUAUAUCGAUGUGUACUGGCUUUCUGUAUUGGCGGAGUGUUGCGUUUAAGACACACACACAAACACACCGGCAAACGCACCUAAACUUAGUAGUUACAACAUACCAUAGAUAUUGUGUUAAGGGGUACUAAAGAGGAGAGAAAACAUCGCUGCCGUGUGUGCCACUGCCCGAGUGUGUUGUGUGAACAAGCGAAAAAGCAACAACAAACAAACAAACAAACAAAAAGGUUACUUGCAUGUGAUGCAUUGCAAACGUUUGAUAUUCCAAUAUAAUAUUAUACCACAAUUUUACUAAACACAGUCUCCGACGACCAACAAGAUCGUUUCACAAUUACUAAACGUUGUAAAAGCCGUUUUUGUUUUUCUUUCCUGCCAUGCGCGUUGGCACAUAAUGGAAGAAGCUACGCAGCAGUUUGUCGUUUCGGUGGUCUAAUCGUAUUUCGUUAAACCAGCGGAAUGAAUGUGUGGCGGGUUUGUGUGUGUGUGUUUUUGAAAGUGUUGUAAUUUAAACUCGGUGUAAAGGGGAUACGUUUCCCGGGCAUAUACGAGUGUGAGCAUUAGGUUAUGAGUUUGGCAAGGCAAACCGAUGUUUUGGUUAAAUAUUGUGUGUGUUCCCUCCGUACCCUUCGCUCCUCAUUCCCGGAACGUUAAAGAAUUAACAAAACAUAAACACGUUAAACAUCAUGACGCAACGAUCUCUUCAUUAAAUGAAAAUAAAAUAAAACAUUAAAAAAACAACAUCAAAAAA